AUGUCGUCCGAAUUAGAACAAUUGAGAAAAGAAGUCGAUAAGUUGAGUGAAGUCGUUAAGAAACAAAAUCUUUUAAUUUCAAAAACCGGUCAGAACUUGUUAGAGCUGCAAAUUACUCAACAGAAGGCUGAUGUAGCAAGUUUUGGGGAACCAAAAAGUAAUAAGAAGGCCACUCAUUUGACCAGCAGUGAUUAUGCAACUAACGAAGAUUUAGUGCAAUUAGUUGCUGAAUUGCAGGGUCAGUUGGAUACUAUUGAAGAUAGAUCUAUCAGGAGAAUAGUCAAUUCUCAUAAAUCUGACCCAAGUGAUAUUGUCGCACCUAUUCCAAAUGCUGAUUCCGAAAUUUUAUUUGCAGAAGAUGGGUUAUUCCCAAAGACUUUAAAGGAUUUUGAAGAUAUUUCAGAUAUUAAAUUAUUUAAAGUUGCCAAAUUCUAUGAAUUAGUACCACCUAGCUCGCAAGAGGAAGAAGAAUUUGAAAAAUUCUUGGAAGGUAAAGUUGAAAGUUUCCAUAUAAGUGAUAUCCCUGAUGAAGAUAUUGAAAAACAAAUUUCUCAUUACAAAAGGGAUCAAUUGGAUGAUGUUUUCAAUGAUGUUGCAAGAUACUUAGGGUUACGUUCAAGAAGAGGGACUGAUGUUUGGUAA